AUUGAGUCCAUGUUGGGGGUAUUCGAGAAGGGUGGAGUCGGCCUUCUGUGCUGCUGCAGCUGCAGCUGCAGAUGAACGACUGCUAACCUUGUCUGCCGAGCCGGACAUCGUCCCACGUUACUCCCACCGAGUCUUUUUCAUCGCCUCUCUCUCUCUCUCCUCAUCUGAUUCUGCAACCUUCUCCUCUCCUUCCAUGUGAUCUCAGAGGGAAGCGUAAGCAGCACCAUAGGAAAUACGGGGGUUAUCUUCGAGUCCAAGAGUGAACAUGUUACGAUUUUUCGGGAUUUCUGCUCUUGGUUUUUGGUGUAAGGGUUCCAUCUUGAUCUGAGUUUUUCUAUGUUACACUUCUCCACUCAUCUUUCUUUAGAAGCUUCUGGUUGUAGUCAGAAACCCUAGAGCCUGCGAAAUGUAGGCGAAACGGGGGUGGGGGGAAGUUUUGGUUGCAGUUUUCGGCUGUCCGCUUGAUUCGCUCCAAGAACGAACGAGUUUCUAUCUUUUUCCCUGCUUUUCAUAGCUCGAUUCUCAAGUCCUCGCGGAGUCAAGUUGAGAUUUUUAAGCUGGUUUAGUACGGUACAGCAGGAAAUUUGUGCCUGGAGGUGCUCUUUGAUGGUGGUGGUGGUGAUAGUGGUGGUAGAUUUACAUAUCUCGUAAAGGGUUCCUUGGACGAUCAGACCAGAUGAAGGUCUUAAACUGCUUCAAGGAGGAGAAAUCGAUUAGGAACGCUAGAACGCAGCGGAGGCUUUCUCUCGGUGAGUACAGGAGGGCAGUGUCCUGGUCCAAAUACUUGGUGUCCUACGGCGGAGAGAUCAAAGGGGGCAGGAAGGAGCAGUGGAGCGCGGAUAUGUCCAAGUUGCUCAUUGGGAAUAAGUUCGCGACGGGGCGACAUAGCCGGAUCUAUCAUGGGAAAUACAAGGAGAGGGAUGUGGCUAUUAAGCUCAUGAGCCAGCCCGAGGAGGAUGCUGCCCUGGCUGCUGCUCUGGAGCAGCAGUUCACCUCAGAGGUUGCUUUGCUGUUUCACCUCCGCCAUCCCAAUAUAAUCACGUUUGUGGCAGCAUGCAAGAAACCUCCUGUCUUCUGCAUCAUUACUGAGUACAUGGCAGGUGGCUCUCUCAGAAAAUACCUUCACAAGCAAGAGCCAUAUUCACUUCCUCAUAAUCUCAUUUUGAAGUUCUCUCUUGAUGUUGCUCGUGGAAUGAAUUAUCUUCAUUCCGAGGGAAUAAUUCAUAGGGAUCUUAAGUCAGAAAAUAUACUCGUUGGAGAAGAUCUUUCCGUGAAGGUAGCAGAUUUUGGAAUCUCAUGCUUGGAAUCUCAGUCUGGCAGUGGCAAAGGUUUUACGAGUACUUACCGUUGGAUGGCUCCUGAAAUGAUCAAGGGAAAGAGCCAUACAAGGAAAGUCGAUGUGUACAGUUUCGGCAUUGUUCUAUGGGAAUUACUAACAGCGCUGAUCCCCUUCGACGAUAUGACUCCUGAACAGGCUGCUUAUGCGGUUGCACACAAGAAUGCUAGACCACCUUUACCUGCUUCUUGCCCUGUGGCAUUCAGCCAUCUCAUACACAAGUGCUGGGCCACUAACCCAGACAAAAGAUUGCAAUUUGAUGAAAUCAUUGCUAUACUCGAAAGCUACGAAGAGUCUCUCAGAUUGGAUCCAACAUUUUUCCUAUCCUACAAGCCUGUUCAGCAACAGACUCUACUCAGAUGCUUCCCUAGGCGCACUGCCGUGCGGAAAUCCAAUCCUCUCGAAGCUUGAAGUGAUGUUGUGCCGGGCACAAGCUGUACUUUUUCUUUUUCCUAUCACCUGUGUCAGCCUCUCCAAAACAGGAUGAAGGCUCGGUAUUAUUGUCUAUUUCUUUUUUUUUUCUUGCUUUAUUUUGAGAAAGCAUGUACAAACCAUGGUGGUAUGGAAUUAAAAUUGCUGUGGCUUCUUGGCAUAA